CCACGCUCCCGCUGAGCCCGUGGCCGCGGACUCGCUGGGUGAUGCCGCGGAGAGUGAGGAGAGCAGGAACCAAUUCCUCAAGGGGCCAUCUGGGAGCCUUCCCUGGCUUUUCCUCCUGUCGCAGGGAGAGGUGCCCCUGCCUGAGCGGGAUAAAUUGGUACAGACCAUUAGCAGCGCAGGUCCUCCUCUGGCAGGGGGAGGCUGUCGGCGCUGCUCUGGAUACAAAGCAGCCACGCUCUGGCUCCUUCCUCCUGCAUCCCGCUGGCCUCCUCCUCCUCCUCCUCCUCCCUGUUUGCUCGCCCCCUCCCUCCCUCUCUCCCUCUCUUUCUUUCCCCGAGCGCCACGCUGCAGAAGGCAGACCUGCGAGCCGGAGCUCCACGGAGGCAGAGCAGGAGCGAGGAGCUCCCCGCGGCUGUUUCUCUGCGAGUGAAACACGGGCAGGGACGCGAUGAAGGAGCGUCGUGGUUGCUGCCUGGAUUAAGACAGAAAACAUUAAAAAAAACCCCAAACCCUCUCCACCACAAAGCCGGACGCAACAAACGAGGAAAAAAGGGAGGAGAGAAGGAGGCGGAGGUUGCUGGGGGAGCCCACUCGGAUGGGCGAAGAGCCGCUUUGAAUCGUGCCUCUGUUCCCAGGGAUUAAAGCGUGAAUGGGAGCAGCUUCCCGGCCACGAUGGAGAGAGAAGGCGGCUCCGGCUGUGGGAAUAAGGUUUGCUUCCACAUGAGUCCCUGAGGUUCCUGCUGGCAGCUCCAGCAGUGCCCUGCAGAAGUGCUCUCCUGCUCCUGGGCUCAGCAGCCGAGGCCCCUGCAAACCUGCUUCUGCAAUGGGUGGGUUGUAAGCACUGGUAAUGAGGAGCUGUGGGCCCAGUCAGUCUUGGAGAUGCCGAAGAGACGAGACAUCCUGGCUAUCGUGCUGAUAGUUCUGCCCUGGACACUACUAAUCACCGUGUGGCACCAGAGCACCAUUGCUCCGCUGCUUGCAGUGCACAAGGAUGAUGGUGGUGACUCCCAGCGUGAUCUCGCUGCAGGCUUGGACUCCAAGGAAUACUGCCUGUCGGACCGGGACAUUGUGGAGGUGGUGAGGACAGAGUACGUGUACACGCGCCCACCCCCGUGGUCGGACACGCUGCCCACCAUCCACGUGGUCACCCCCACCUACAGCCGGCCCGUGCAGAAGGCAGAGCUGACCCGGCUGGCCAACACGCUGCUGCACGUGCCCAACCUGCACUGGAUCCUGGUGGAGGAUGCCCAGCGCCGCACGCCACUCAUCACCCGCCUGCUGCGGGACACGGGGCUCAACUACACCCACCUCAACGUGGAGACACCCCGCAACUACAAACUGCGCGGGGACAUGAGGGACCCCCGCAUCCCCCGCGGCACCAUGCAGAGGAACCUGGCCCUCAGGUGGCUGAGAGAGACCUUUAACAAAAACAACAGCCAGCCCGGGAUUGUUUACUUUGCUGAUGAUGAUAACACCUACAGUCUGGAGCUCUUCGAGGAGAUGCGCAGCACCAGGAAGGUGUCGGUGUGGCCCGUGGCCUUCGUGGGCGGCCUGCGCUACGAGUCGCCCAAGGUGAACGCGGCGGGGAAGGUGUACGGCUGGAAAACCGUGUUCGACCCGCACCGCCCCUUCGCCAUCGACAUGGCCGGCUUCGCCGUCAACCUCAGGCUCAUCCUGCAGCGCUCUCAGGCCUACUUCAAACUGCGGGGAGUCAAGGGUGGCUACCAGGAGAGCAGCCUGCUCCGGGAGCUGGUCACCCUCAACGACCUCGAGCCCAAGGCUGCCAAUUGCACUAAGAUUUUAGUCUGGCACACAAGGACAGAAAAGCCUGUGCUGGUGAACGAGGGCAAGAAAGGAUUCACAGAUCCCAAUGUGGAAAUCUGACUGUGCACGGCUGAACGGAGACCAACACCAGAAGAUUUCUUCAUGCGCAAGGUUCCUCUCCGCAGCACCCACCCAGCCAGCCAGGCGGGAGCCAGGACCUCUGCUGACUCCCACGAGUUUUAGCCUUCUGAAACCAAGCAACACUGCAUACAUAAACUGCCCGGACCCCCUGCCCUUCCUCCUGGACUCGGAGCACAAGCAGACGCUCCGGAGGUGGAGACAAAAGCACAGAAAGGCCAGGACUGCCAGCUCCCGGCUCGCUGCGCUGGAGCCCCGCCGGGAUGGGGCUGCACCGAGCAGGGGCUGUUUGCCAGCACCUGGGUGAGGGUGAGAGCCACGGCAGUGCCCCUGGGACUGGUUUUGCUGAGACACACCGACCUUGUGGCCACGUGUGCGACAGCCCGAGCAGCUCUCUGGCCGUGGAGGGGACAGCUGCCUUCCGAGAUGGCACCUUAGCCCUUAAUUUUAAACCUACUUUAAUCAGUGUUUGUUACGCUGCACAAGACAGGAAGGGUUUGGGGGAGGGGGAAAAGCAAGGCAGGUUAGAACAAACCCAUGAAGCAUCGCUGUUCUCUGUAUUCCCUCUCCUUUUCCUUCCUCAGUUUCACAGUUUGGGGGGCACCCUCCCAUUUCUUGGCGUUCAUGGAAUCAUAGCAGGGUUGGGGGUGGAAAGGUCCUCUGGUCCAACCCCCUGCCGUGGGCAGGGGGCACCUUCAGCUGGGCCAGGUUGCUCCUGGCCUUGAAUAUUCCCAGGGAUGGGGCAUCCACCACAUCUCCAGGCAACCUGUGCCAGUGUUACACCACCCUCAUUGUAGAAGAACGUCCUUGUAUCUAAUAUAUCCUCUUUUAGUUUAAACCAUCGGCCCUCGUUCUAUCCCUGCUAGAAGGUUUGUCCCCAUCGUUCUUGUAACACCCCUGGGGGAUGUCCCCAGAGUGGGAUAGAGGGAUAGGAUCAGGGAGAUGCUGAUCACCACCAAUUCACCACUGAUCCUGGAUGGAGUCGUGUUUCCAGCAUGUGGGUCUCUAAAAAUGCUAAAAUAAUUGGAACUGGGGAUUUAUGAGAUUGCUGGGGCCACACACUGUAACAUUCAUCCAGAUCUUGGUCCUGUUUAGCCCUAAUUUGGUUCCUGUGAGCAUUAGGGGUGGGAUUCUCUGAAGGGUGCUCCUACCUAAAGGCAAAUUUCCACUCUUAAAAAAUAAAACUGCUUCAAAUUAGGGACUGGAUGCUAAGAGGUGAUUUUAGUGCAUUUCCCAUGUGACUGGAAUGUACCCUUCAGCCCCUAUUUCUGCUCCUGCAGAGCUCCUGGAGUGAAAAACCACCCUGGAGCAGUUCCCAGUCACCUCUGAUGGACAGAGCAGCACCCUUGGGAAGGGGAUCCUGGGCUCAGCACCUGGCUCGAGGUGGCAUCAAGCAGGACAUCGGUCACCUCUGCCCCGGUGUGUGACACCAAAGGGCAGUGUUGGUGAAAGGGGGGUGCUGAAGGUGGGCUUUGCCCCUCGGUGAGAGACAGGACUGAGCAGUGCAGGAGCAGGACCUGGGUGCUGCCACCGUGGGUGACUCUGUUUGAGGCUGCCGAACAUGCUGAGAUAACAACUGAGGUACGACAGGCCCCUUCUCCCCAUCCAAAACCCCUAAAUUCCCUCCCCCUUCAUAACUGUUGUCAAACCUUUCAUCACCCCCCCCCCCCCACUGUCCCAAUUCUUUCAAAAAGGUCUGAAGCACAAUUUUACCUUUGAACUGAGGGGAAAAUGUAAUCCUGCAACAGAUGUGGUUAUUUUUUAGCCCUAACAUAUAGAACUAUUAAAGUGCUCUGGGUUUGAUUGUUGGCUUCGUGGUACAGAAGUCUCUCCUUGGACUAAUGACAUUGUGUAUUUCCUGAUAUUUCAAAGGAAAAUAUUUUUUGUAAAUUAUUUUCCCCCACUGUAUAUCAGAACCAUUGGGGAAAAGUCACAUUCUUUAGUUCCCAGCCACAGAAGCCUUUACAAAAAUGUUCCUUUUAGAUGCGGUGGCUGAAGCACUACUUGGAUAGAAAGUGUUGGAUGCUGCUGGCUGCUCUGUGGGAACAGGUAUUGUUAUCUUGGAUUAAAACUCUGCACUCAAGUAGAUUUAUUCUAUUAUUGUACUUCUGAGUUCCCUUCAGCCUGCAAACCCGACAGUGGAAAGAGACAUUUUUCAAGGACUACCACGUUUUCAUAACAUUGAUAGAGUUUCCAACUGAUGUCCUCUCUGAGCUGCAUGUUUUGGUUCACUAAUCUGAAUUCCAGUCCCUGCUGGGUUCCAACCUUCCCUCCUCGGAAGGAAAUAACUUCCAGAAAGAUGCAAAGGAUGGAGUUCUGAACACAGCCCUGCACAUUUGCUCUGGCCACAGGAGCCUGGGCCCUUUCAGCUGCCGUGGCCCUGGGGAGCAGAGAUAGGUGUGACCAGACGUGGCCAGGAUGGAGUGUGUUCCAGCUGCACUGUCUGUUGUCAGUUUUAAACAAACUGUAUUUAAAUUUGUUAAAUAAAAUGAUGGUUUCUAAGA